AGCCCGUCUGCACACAGCUGGAGCUACGAUCAUCACAUCUUAGCUAAUCUGAGGCAGCUUUCACAGUCUCAACAACUUUUCUUCAUCUGUUCACGUCGGCAUCAAGUUCUAAGGUUUGAAGACUCAUAAAUAACAUUUCCUGAGCUGAAGGUUGAACUCUGAUCAGCUGAAAUCACCCAGUGGUGGACUAAACAGCUCAGAGAAAUGAAAGAGCACGUGAUGAAAAUCCUGAUUGUCGGCAAUCCGACCGUUGGGAAGACGUCUUUUGUGCAACAAUACGUCAGUGGGCAGUUCAACAAGACGUACAAGACGACAGUGGGAGUGGAUUUUUCUGUGAAGACGCUGCCGUGGUCAGACAACGAGACAGUCAGACUGCAUAUCUGGGACAUUGCAGGCCAGGAAUAUUCAUUUUCCGUGACCAGGACCUACUUCAGAGGGGCUCUGGGCUGCGUUCUGAUGUUUGACGUCACCAACUCGAACAGCUUCCUCAGCUGUCUCCAGUGGAAACAGGACCUGAACAACAAGGUCAUGCUGCCCAGUGGAGCUCCCAUCCCCUGCAUCCUGCUGGCCAACAAGUGUGACCUUCCUGAACGGGUGGUGACAGCAGACAGCAUCGCCAGGUUCAGCAAGAAGAACGGCUUCUUCGCCUGGAUGGAGACCUCAGUCAAAGACAACAAGAACAUCGGAGAAGCCAUGAGGAGGUUGGUGCAGGAGAUUCUGUCAGUUCAGUCCAGUGAGGACCAGCCGCUGUCCAGAAAGGAAGACAACGUCGAUCUUCAUUCUCACGACGCCACAAACCAUCAAACCUGCUGCUGACGACUUCCUGAAAACUCCAGUUCAAUCAUGACAGCAGCUCUCCGGCUCACCAGGCACAUCGUGUCUCCAUCUGUGUGGCUGUUCUUCGUCUAACAUUAGAAGACUGGUGAAGCUCGUUAGAAUUUUCUGUAAGAAAAUAUCAACGAUGAAGAAUCUUCCAUCCAGCAAUCACAGUUUUAUUGCCCGAAAAGUAAAUGUGAGCUGUUAGUACUGUUUUGUUUGAAAACUCUUGAGGGUCUGUUUCCUCGACAGAAAUUUCAAGUUAAAAGAAACAAACUGUCUGCAUUUUGGGGGUUCGUUUACAUGACAACGGUGCUCGGAGCAACUGAAAACACAGCUUUUUGGAAAUGGCCUCCAAAGUUUUGAGAACUCUCUGAAAACAGCUCCGGGUAGCAUCCACCAGGCGGCUACACCGGAGGAAACGGAGCGGUGUCUCGAUUUAACAUUCGGCAUGUUGCACAUGCAGCGCUUCACGGCAUCAGAAACAGAAGUGAGCCGACUGGAGGAAGCGUUUCAGCUCCACUUUCUUUUAUUUUCAACUACAGCAGGUAGUGAGCUCACUGCUUCCAUUUCAGUUCAAAGUUUUUAUGGUCUGGUCAGACUGAGGUUUACUUCCAAGUUGUGGCUUCAUCGCUAAAUUUCUGGCAGGCUGCUGCUCACAGCGCCACCCUCUGUUCUGGAGGGAACAUGUAUGUCCGGGUCAUCUGAACAGAUGGAAAAGUAUCGAUACCACGGGAACUGAAUAUUGCUGCUCAAUACCAGCCUUAGGAUCCAUUCAGUACUGAGGCAUCAAUCAUUUUGACAGCCUUACCCUCUAGUGGCCCAGCAUGGUAACUACAUCGUUCGCAGGAUUUCACAUGUUUUUGAAACUCCGCGGUCAACUCUGGGUUUAUCCAGGUGCGUUACCAUGGUAACAUAUGCUGUAAGUAUAACCUGAUUACCUCCAUUCAUUUAUUCAUUGUCAGAAAGACGAGGAAGUCAUUAUCUAGUCUGUAAGCACUGAGAUGAAGUGAUCGAGGAGGCUGUUCAAGACUCCAACUGGGCAUUUUAAUAUUAUCUUGAUAAUUUUUUUAUUGAUAAAAAAAAGUCUAACAAAAUGAUUUAUUUAAUCCUAAAAAAAAAUCAAAACAGAAGACCACUGCACCAAUGAACGGACAUUUGUCAAAAGACAGAGUUCUGAAUAAACCAUUACAUCAGAAAAAAGUCUGAUUUUCUGUCCUUUUUGGGAACUCAUCUGUACUUUUUUCCAUUGCCUCUAUUGUUUCAGACAUUCCUAACUCUUGCAGGCAGCAGAAGGCCCUGAUCUACUCAAGCUCUUUUUCUAUAAAAACAGGUGAUAUUUGAUUUAUCACACACAAGCUAAGGCAGGCAGCACUGUGAACACUCUCAGCAGUGAUGAGGAGGAAUUCUGUGAAAGUUUCCAGUCUGGACUCUGACUGACUCCAUCCAGCUGCCCUGAAACUCAUGCACAAAAUCUUAAAGGGCGUUUGUUGUGUUUGUGGUCUGCUAACUGCAGGAGACGUAAAGUUCAGCUAACACUGUUGCUGCAACCUAAUGGGAAAAAAAUGUGUUGCAGCAGAGAUUUGAAGGAGCGAAGAGGUAAGCUCGCGCAGGGUUCAGCUACACACAAAGUGACCUUUUUUCAACGUUGACUCAUGCAAAAUAGAGUAGCGCCACCUUUUCUGAGCCACUUCAAGCACAGACUCGCAGGAUGCAGUGAGGAUUGAGAAGAACACACACUGUCCAUUAACCUUCAUCUGCAACGUCUUCCACAUCAUGCAGCGUACUUUGAGUUUAGGUUCACGCUGAGUUCUGUGACUUUUAUGAUCAUAAGAACAUUUUUCAUGAGUUUUAAACCAAAAAAAAAGAAUUCAGAAGACAUCAAAUAUGAUUAUUAUCUGAAAUAAAUAAAAAUAAUCUGGCAAUAAAAUGUAGACUGAGGCUGCAUUAAUAAAGUGUCACAGCUGCAAAUAUUUCUAACUUUUCUAGCCUUUUUUGCAACAGAUUUGUCCUCUUUUUUCAUGGGCUUUCCUGCUUUAGCCAUUUUAUGUAUAGCUGCUCAUUGUUUGACAGCAUUUUUUUUUAUUUGUUUUGC